UAAAGAAGAGAGGGAAGGAUGGUGGGAAGUGGAGCACCACAGAGAGGAAGUGCAGCUGCGGCUGCUAGCAUGCGUAGGAGGAAGCCAAGCGGCAGCUCAAGUGGAGGAGGAGCCUCUGGUGGUGGUGCAGCAGGAUCCAUGCUUCAGUUCUACACGGAUGACGCACCCGGUCUCAAGAUCUCCCCAAAUGUCGUCCUUGUCAUGAGCAUCGGUUUCAUUGCUUUUGUCGCUGUCCUUCAUGUCAUGGGCAAGCUCUACUUUGUCAAGUGAUCAGAGAGAGAGAGAGAGAGAGAGAGAGGCUUGAAACACCAAGCUAGUAUUAGACGCUUGUUUUUAACUCAUGUUUUAAUUUUGUGGAGUAUUAAGUUUCUCGACAUUCAAAGUUUCAAUAUUCUUCAUAUACGAA